CCUCAUCUCCCAGGAUGUCUCUGGGAUUCGCUGGAAACUGACUCAACUUGUAGCUCCGCGGCCAGACGAGCGGGGACCGCGGCCAGUGGGCCGGGCAGCUGCGAAGCCUUGGCACGGCGCUCCGGCCUCUCCGGGGAAUUCCACGCUAUCUCCCCCCCGCCCCCCGCCCUCCCUCCCCUGUUGUCUCGGACUCCCUCUCUCACGCGCCCUUGGCCAACCCCGCCGCCCCGCGACGCUCGAGGGUCUCUCCUUGGCGUAGGGAGACUCCUCGGUCUCGUGAGGACCCCCCGAGUGGCUGCUGGCGGCCGGGAUCUGAGCCCGGACAGACGGGACGACAGCGCGGAGCAGCCAGGGCCCGGGACACCCCCGGGGAAGUGGCCGCAGCCUUUUUCGCCCGGGACUGAGACUCUCCGCCGGCGCCGGCCUCGCCCCGUUACGGCGGGGAGCUCGGGCCGAAGAUGCUGAUGAGGAAGACGCCCGCUUUUGCCCCGGCCUCGGUCUUCGGGGUGCGCCUGUCACACAAGUUCCUUUUCUUGCUGUUCCUUUCAGGCCUCAUCACCCUGUGCUUCGGGGCCCUCUUCCUACUGCCCAGCUCCUACCGUUUCAGGCGACUUUUCCUGCCUCUCCGGUCCCAGCGUCUCGCCACUGCCUCAGGGACUGGGGACUCUGAGCCUGGGGACCAGACCCAAGCCCGGGGGCAGGAGCCACCUCCCAACCCAGCCCCGGCCCCCGGGGCACUCGCGGUCGGGCCUGGCCGAGGGGGGCGACACCCUCCAGGCGGUCCUACCACUCCCUGGGAGGAGGCCGGGGCCACCCGGGGCCAGCAGACCCCCGGAGCAGCCACCGGGCUUCCCAGAGCCCCCAAGUCUCGCCCUUUGCCCACCCUGGUCUUCGAGGAGUUCAGGAGCCGUCUCCGGCACCCGGUGCUGGGGACCAGGGGCAACUCGGAUGCCAAGAGCCUGGCCCAGAGGGAGAAAAUCAAGGAGAUGAUGCAGUUCGCCUGGGAUAACUACAAGCAGUUUGCGCUGGGAAAGAAUGAGCUUCGACCAGUGACGAAGAAUGGCUACACCGGUGGCAUGUUCGGAGGUCUUGGUGGGGCCACAAUCAUUGAUGCCUUAGACACUCUGUAUAUCAUGGAGCUGGAGGAUGAGUUUCAAGAGGCCAAAAACUGGGUGGAGAAGAGCUUCGACUUGGAUGUGAAAGGAGACGCUUCUGUAUUUGAGGUCAACAUUCGAUAUAUUGGUGGACUCCUCUCGGCCUACUACCUGACAGGAGAAGAGGUCUUCCGAGAGAAGGUCAUCAGACUUGGAGAGAAGCUCCUGCCAGCCUUCAACACCCCCACUGGAAUCCCCCGGGGGAUGGUAAACUUUGGGAGCGGCGUCAGCAGGACCUGGGGCUGGGCGUCUCUGGGCAGCAGCAUCCUGGCGGAGUUCGGAUCCCUGCACCUGGAGUUCCUGCACCUCUCCAAGAUCUCUGCCCGCUUCAGAAAAGGAAGUCCUCCCCCGCCCCUUGGGCGGGGGAGGGGCCCACUCCUUCCAGUGGCAGCCGGGAGCACGACUCAGGGAGGCAAAAUAUUUUGCACCUUUGUGGAAAUGAGGAGUCCCCCAUCUCUUCUCUCUGUACAGGUGAAGAAUAUCCGCAGGGUCCUCAACAGAACUGAGAAGCCCAAAGGCCUCUAUCCCAACUUCCUCAGCCCUGUCAGUGGCAGCUGGGUCCAACACCAUGUCUCUAUUGGAGGACUCGGGGACAGUUUCUAUGAAUAUUUGAUCAAGGCCUGGUUGAUGUCAGCCAAGACAGACAUUGAAGCUAAAAAUAUGUAUUAUACCGCCCUCGAGGUAAGAAGCUGGUUCUGUCCUUUUGGAACAGGACUGUCCUGUGUCCGCCCCUCAGACACCAAGCUGGGACCAGAGGUGUUCUGGUUUGAUUUUGGGAGUGAAGCCACAACAUCCAGCCCCAGCGAGAGCUACUACAUCCUGCGGCCCGAGGUGGUGGAAAGUUACAUGUACAUGUGGCGCCUGACUCAUGAUCCCAAGUACCGGCAAUGGGGUUGGGAAGUUGUGGAGGCUCUAGAAAAAUACUGUCGAACAGAAACAGGCUUCUCUGGGAUCCGAAAUGUUUAUACCAUGUUUCCUGAGCAUGAUAACAUGCAACAGAGUUUUUUCCUGGCAGAGACACUAAAGUACCUCUAUUUGCUGUUCUCUGAAGAUGAUCUCCUCUCCUUGGAAGACUGGGUGUUCAACACAGAAGCCCACCCACUGCCAGUGGGCCACCUCCACAGUCCAGCCAGAGCCCACUAGCCCCUUCCUCUGGACAGCCUCCAGCUUGGCUGCCGGGGUCUGGACAUCCCCACCCAUGGGAUCUGCUUUUCAAGGAAGCGUCGGGCCCACGUUCCCGGCUCGGACCAACAUCGGGUGGGACAAAUUCCCUGGACAGACACCUUCUUUUCCUCUAUGAGGAACCCCGCCAAUCACGAGGCGAGACCUUGGUCAAAGGCCAUCCAGUACGCAGACCACAGACAUUCCUUUCUACAGAGAAUUUCUAUGAAACCCACAGACUCCCGGGGCCAGAGGGAGGGGAAGGCAACUAGGAGAGAGGGCCCUUCUCCCUUCCCUCCCAUUCUGUCUUGUUUUGCCUUUUUUUCUAUGCAGUUGGAUUUUAUUCCCAUUUAUAAUCACUGUUUUCGAUAUGAUGUGCUUUCUUUUGUAAUGUCAACACGAUAAACUGAGUCAGCCACUCUCUUUUCCCAUCUUGGCCCCAUUUUAUAUAUUUUCUGUGCUUUUUCCCCACCAUUUAUCAUUAAUUUCCAUUUGUGUGACCUGACUCUCGGAUCGAGGGAGAGAGGCCGCCUCUGCUGCUCAAGGUGAACCAGAGUGUUGUCCAUCCCUGGCCCUCUUCCCUGCUACCCAGGAACCAGAAUCAAUGACCUUGUGGGACACAGACCACGGGUGGGUCGGUCAUCCAGCAUCGAGGCCCAGGGAACCCCAUGCUAUGCUAUUGUCUGCAAUAAAGACUGAUUUAAGAAGUG